CCUGUGACGUCACGCGAGCAGCAUCAGCUGUUAGCUCUGCUUGCGUGCGUGUGUGUGUGUGUUUGCGUUUCACUGCUUUAAGCCUUUUCGCUGCCCAUCGCGGCCCCGCAUUAAGGACAAAUAUAUGAGAUCCCCUCUGCUCCCUGAAAUGGCGACACAGGAGGUACAGCUCAACGAGACUCUGGCGCAUCUGAAAACGGAGUCGGAGUCACUCAAGUCCAAGCUCGAGGAGGAAAGAGCCAAGCUGCACGACGUCGAGCUGCAUCAAGUGGCUGAGAAAGUGGAGGGCCUGGGUCAGUUUGUCAUGAAGACCAGAAGAACUCUAAAAGGACACGGCAACAAAGUUCUGUGCAUGGACUGGUGUAAGGAUAAGAGGAGGAUUGUCAGCUCCUCCCAGGAUGGCAAAGUGAUCGUGUGGGAUGCCUUCACCACCAAUAAGGAGCACGCUGUGACAAUGCCUUGCACCUGGGUGAUGGCCUGCGCUUAUGCCCCAUCCGGCUGCGCUGUAGCUUGUGGUGGCCUGGACAACAAAUGUUCCGUUUAUCCUCUGUCCUUGGACAAGAACGAGAACUUGGCUGCGAAGAAGAAGUCGGUCGCCAUGCACACAAACUACUUGUCCGCUUGUAGCUUCACUAACUCGGACAUGCAGAUCCUGACUUCCAGCGGGGAUGGCACGUGUGCAUUAUGGGAUGUCGAGAGCGGACAGUUGUUGCAGAGCUUCCAUGGUCACGCAGCAGACGUGCUGUGUCUGGAUUUGGCACCCUCCGAGACUGGGAACACUUUUGUCUCUGGGGGCUGCGAUAAGAAGGCGAACGUGUGGGACAUGCGCUCAGGACAGUGCAUCCAGUCGUUUGAAACCCACGAAUCGGACAUCAAUAGCGUGCGUUACUAUCCCAGCGGAGAUGCAUUUGCCUCUGGCUCGGAUGAUGCUACGUGCCGAUUGUAUGACUUGAGAGCAGACCGAGAAGUAGCUAUCUAUUCUAAAGAGAGCAUCAUAUUUGGAGUAUCAAGUGUUGAUUUCUCUCUCAGUGGCCGGCUUCUUUUCGGUGGUUACAACGACUACACCAUUAACGUCUGGGAUGUUCUCAAAGGAACACGCGUGUCUAUUCUGUUCGGACACGAGAACCGUGUCAGUACGUUGCGGGUUUCCCCAGAUGGGACGGCCUUUUGCACGGGCUCCUGGGACCACACUCUUCGGAUCUGGGCUUGAGGACUCAGACAACCAAGUCAGACAGAAUGGAGGCCCUUUCUGUUUGCUAACGUACAAUCACAGAAAUGGACUCUCGCUUUGUGGUUGUACAUAUCAAAAGCAUUGUUUGUACUUUAGUCUCACAUCCAGGUGAAAUUAACAUAUCACUGAGAACAAUUAAGCCAAAUGACAUGUUCCUAUCAUAGUAUGUUUGGAUAAAAACAGACAGCAAAGAAGGACCUAAGAUUAUAUUAAAAGAUGUGAAAUGUAUUUGGUGAAUAAACAACACUUGUAGUGAAUAGCAUUGUAGAAUAGAAGUGACACAAUAAAGUGAUGUGUUGUAUGUGCCACAUAAAGGGCAUUGUUUAUUUAUUACUAACUGUUUUGCACAAAAAUAUGAUGUAGGAAAUGGAAAAUGGUAUGAGAAAAUAAAGAUUUGAUUGAUUUUGCUGAUGAUAUACAAUACAGUGUUAUGUAAGUGCAAGAAAGCAAAUUGAUGUCCAUAACAUGUUCCCACAAAAGCAUCUGUCAUUCAUCAAAGAAACUUAACUGCCACUAUCAUAGAAAACAAAGCACAUUUUAAAAUUACAACUGACAUGAUAUAUAGUUUUCCUCCAUCACUGAGUUUUGUUUCCCGCCAUGUAAAGUAAACCACAGAAGCUCAAUGUGCAUAUCCCGUCACUGCAGACACCCUGUACAUACAGUUUGUGUGUGGUCCACACUAGAUAUCGAAAUGCUAAUAAAUGGAAUGAACUCAUUUCCAUGCAGUUGUCCAAUUGAUGUAAUUUCAUAUAAAAUGUAAUUAUUUUAUUGUAGUUUAGUGUACAGUUAUACAAUUGACUGUUUAUCAAUAUAU